AUGAAAAUAACUCAUAAUCACCCAUUUCAUUUAGUAGAUUAUAGUCCUUGACCUUUAACAGGAGCUAUUGGUCUAAUAACUUUAGUUACUGGUAUAGUAAAAUGAUUUCAUAAUUUUAAUAUAAAUUUAUUAAUUCUAGGUUAUUGUAUUAUUAUUUUAACAAUAUUUCAAUGAUGACGAGAUGUUUGCCGAGAAGGAACUCUUCAAGGUAAACAUACUUUAUUAGUUACAAAAGGAUUACGAUGAGGUAUAAUUUUAUUCAUUAUUUCAGAAAUUUUUUUUUUUAUUUCCUUUUUUUGAGCAUUUUUCCAUAGUAGUCUUUCCCCCAAUAUUGAAAUUGGGGCUACUUGACCCCCCAUUAAUAUUUUACCUUUUAACCCAUUUCAAAUUCCUCUUCUCAAUACCAUUAUUUUAAUCACUUCAGGAGUUACAGUUACUUGAGCUCAUCAUGCCUUAAUAGAUAAUAACCACUCCCAAACAACUCAAGGAUUAUUCUUAACUGUUUUUUUAGGAAUUUACUUCACAAUUCUUCAAGCUUAUGAAUAUAUUGAAGCUCCUUUUACUAUUGCAGAUAGUAUUUAUGGAACAACUUUUUUUAUUACCACAGGAUUUCAUGGAAUUCAUGUUAUUGUUGGAACUUUAUUUUUAUUAAUUUGUCUUAUUCGUCAUUUAAAUUUUCAUUUCUCUAGAAAUCAUCAUUUUGGAUUUGAAGCAGCAGCUUGAUAUUGACAUUUUGUAGAUGUAGUUUGACUUUUCCUUUAUAUUUUUAUAUAUUGAUGAAGAAAUUAA